UGUUGAUUUAUGGAUUUGAAAGUUUAACGGCGCCAUUCACAAGGGUAUGCCCCACAAGUUCUACCAUGGCCGAACUGGGCGUGUCUGGAACAUCACCAAGCGCGCUAUUGGCGUGGAGGUUAACAAGCAGGUUGGGAACCGCAUCAUUAAGAAGAGGAUUCAUGUUCGUGUGGAGCAUGUCCAGCCCUCUAGAUGCACUGAGGAGUUCAGAAACAGAAAGUUAAGGAAUGAUAUGCUCAAGGCCGAGGCCAAGUUGAAGGGUGAGGCCAUCAGCACCAAGAGGCAGCCAGAGGGUCCCAAGCCAGGUUUCAUGGUCGAAGGAGCUCAGUUGGAAACUGUCACCCCCAUUCCUUAUGAUGUUGUCAACGAUCUCAAGGAAAUAUUCCAAGAGUCCAAGAUUUUCGGUUUAUGAAAGACAAAAAGCAAGAGGCAUUCUCAUGACACCAGGUCUUCAAGGCAGCUCACCUCACUAGUCAUGGCAUCAAUUCGGAAGGACACCUCAAAGCUUCACAAAAGCCAGAUGGCA